AUGACGAUUGCGGAAGCAGGGGAGCUGUCGCAGCCGGAUGCGCUCGGCGACGCCCGACAGAGGUCUCAGCUGGUCAGCCAGAGGUCCCUGGAGGGCGCGCGCCCGCCGGACGCCUUGGGGCUGACGUCACAGCCCGGUCACGGAGCAAGCGGCAACGCCCACAGCUCCGCCGGCGGGCCUCCGAGCUCGAUGGGCGCCGCGUUCUCGGCGCUGCAGUCCUCGUCUACGGCCGGUCCGCUGGGGGUGGUGAGCUCGGCCAUCUCGGCGCUGCAGCCCUCAUCCACCGGGGGGCCGCUGAGCGCGGGCUACCCACCAUCUGCCAGCCAGGGUUACCCGAACGCCAGCCAAGGGUACCCAUCCACCAGUCAGGGCUACCCGGCCACCAGUCAGGGCUACCCAACUGUCGGCCAGGGUUACCCGGCCGCCAGCCAGGGCUACCCUGCUGCGUCAGCCGCCUUCAACCCGCCGACCUCCAGCCUCCCCACUGCCUCUCAGGGGAACGUGCACGCCACACAGGCGUUCCCGGCCACCUCUCAGGGGUACUCGGCCACCUCGCAGGGCUAUCCCGCCGCCUCGCAGGGCUACCCCACCGCCUCGCAAGGCUACCCCACUGCCUCUCAAGACCACCAGGCCAGCUCGCAGAGCUACCCUCCAAACCAGCAGGGCCACCCGAUGGCCGCCGCGGACGGGUUCGCUGCGGCAUCUCAGCCCUUCUCCGGUCCGACUGCCGCGUACCCUGGCGCGGCUCAGGGGUACCCGUACCCCGAGCCGUCUCAGGGCUACCCGGGGCAGACGCCACACGCUGGCUCUGCGUUCGGACCCGGCGCGCCUCUCAACGGACCCACGCACCACCAGCUCGGCAACAGCGGACAGCAGCUCCAGAGGCAGCAGCUGUCGCACGCUCAGCAAAACGAGAAUAUGCUUAACCGAAAUGUUCAGGGCUUUCAAGCGUCGACGGCCGGUCGGCCGCCGCAGCCGCUGGGACCGCAGUUUGCCGCCCAGCAGCCGCAGCAGCUGCAGCUGGGCCCCUACCAGCGGGCCCAGGGCGUGGCCGAUGCGGCGCACAGCAUGGGGUCACCGUACCCGGCCGGCCAGGCGGCGACCAUGGCGGGCCAAGCACUGCCGACCUACCCGCCAGUCACCAUGGCGCCGGGCAUGCUGACGCAGGCGCCGCAGCACAUGAUGAACAGCGCCGGCCGGCCGCCGGCCAGCAGCGCCAGUCAGGGCCCGUCCAUCAGCGGCAUGCUGGCCGACUUCAGCCGCGCGCUCGGUCAGUACUGCUCACUCUGUGGUACCGUGCCCAGUCAGCACAACCCGCUCCGUCCGCCGCACCCGUACAGCCCGCCCUGUCUGCCUUACGCGGUCGGUGAGGCCCGCUCCGUCUGA